AUCAGUCCACAGCCACGGUUACAGAACCAGGGAGGCAUGGACUAUGACUGAAACCGGCUAAUGAGCAGUUCCCUUACCCACUGCCUCUCUCUGUUGAAUAGUUGCAAGACCCUAACAUCCCUCAAGCAAAUCCACGCCAAUGUAUUCAAAACCGGCCUCGACACCGACCCUUUCCUGGUCGGAAAACUACUCCUCCACUGCACAGUGGCACUCUCCGAUUCUGUGGACUACGCUUGGAGCCUCUUUCGCCACACUCCAAAGCCAGAUGUUUUCAUGUACAACACCCUCAUUCGAGGCCUUGCCGAAUCGGAUAAACCGCAAAAUUCAAUCAUUGUAUUCAUUGAAAUGAGGAAGAAAUCACUUUCCUCUCCCGAUAGUUUCUCAUUUGCUUUUAUUCUCAAGGCGGCCGCGAAUUUAAGGUCUUUGGGAGAUGGAAUUCAAUUGCAUUGCCAAGCUUUGACUCAUGGGUUAGAUAUCCAUCUUUUUGUUGGAACCACUUUGGUCAGUAUGUAUGGUGAAUGUGGGUGUAUUGGCUCUGCGAGGAAGGUGUUCGACGAAAUGCAUGAACGAAACGUUGUUGCGUGGAAUGCGGUGAUCACUGCGUGUUUUAGGGUUGGGAAUGUGAAGGAUGCGAGGAAAAUGUUUGACUUGAUGCCCUUUAGGGACUUGACCUCGUGGAAUGUGAUGCUUGCGGGACAUGUGAAAGAAGGGGAGCUGGAGCAUGCAAAGAAAAUGUUUUUGGAGAUGUCUGUAAGGGACGAUGUGUCAUGGAGUACCAUAAUUGUUGGGUUUGCUCAUAAUGGGAGUUUCGAUGAGGCUUUUGGGUUUUUUAGGGAGUUGCUGAGGGAUGGGUCUAGACCCAAUGAAGUAAGCCUGACAGGGGUGCUUUCAGCAUGUGCACAGGCUGGGGCGUUCGAGCUUGGCAAAAUAUUACAUGGGUUUAUUGAAAAAUCAGGGCUUAUUUGGAUUGUAUCAGUGAAUAAUGCUUUACUAGAUACUUACUCGAAAUGUGGGAAUUUAAGUAUGGCUCGACUGGUGUUUGAACGAAUGCCAGAUAAAAAGAGCAUUGUUUCUUGGACUUCAAUGAUGGUGGGGCUUGCAAUGCAUGGUCAGGGAGAAGAAGCUAUAAGGCUUUUCCAUGAGAUGGAAAAGUCUGAAACUAGGCCUGAUGGAAUCACCUUUAUUUCACUUUUAUAUGCUUGUAGUCAUGCUGGAUUGAUCGAGCAAGGAUGUGAAUAUUUUAGUAAGAUGAAAGAUGUGUACAAUAUAAAACCAGCCAUUGAGCAUUAUGGUUGCAUGGUUGAUCUAUAUGGUCGAGCUGGUCAGCUGCAGAAGGCCUAUGAAUUUGUUUCUCAAAUGCCAAUUCCACCCAAUGAUAUUAUUUGGCGGACGCUUCUUGGUGCUUGUAGCAUUCACGGUAAUGUCAAGUUGGCUGAAAAUGUAAAGGAAAGGCUUUCUGAGCUCGACCCGAACAACUCUAGUGACCACGUUCUUUUGUCAAACAUUUAUGCAGUUGCAGAAAAAUGGAAGGAUGUUGCUGCUGUGAGAAGAUCAAUGACCGAUCAGAGACUUAAAAAAACUCCUGGUUGGAGCAUGAUUGAAGUUAACAAGAUAAUGUACACUUUUAUGGCAGGUAAAAAACAAGAUAAAAUUAUGGAGGAGGCUUAUGAGAUGCUGAAGGACAUACUUUUGAGGCUCAGGGUUGAAGGAGGUUAUGUUCCAGAGAUUGGAACUGUUUUGCACGACAUAGAAGAGGAAGAAAAAGAAGAUUCGGUUUCUAUGCAUAGUGAAAAGUUCGCCGUAGCUUUUGGGAUAGCAAGAUUGUGCGAGGGAAAGACUAUAAGGAUAGUUAAGAAUUUGAGGAUCUGCAGGGACUGUCAUGUGGUGAUGAAGCUGAUUUCUCAGGUUUAUAAAUUGGAGAUUGCGGUAAGAGACAGAAGCCGCUUCCACUCUUUCAAAAAUGGUUCCUGUUCAUGUGGAGAUUACUGGUAAUUAAGGAACACUAAGCAUUGAAGAAUUAUGCCUACUUAAACGCAAAGAUUCUGUGAUUUAAGAAGCGCAAAUGUUACGACUGAAAAAAAUGCGUACAGGAACAAAGCAUUUGGUUCAAUUAUGACCAUGAAACCGAAGGCCCCCAUUACAAUGUUUAGGAGAAAUUUUAUAAUUCAUACAGAUGAUGUGAAUCCUAACCAUUUAGGACCUAAGACAUAGGGCUAAUAUUGUGAUGAAAGGACUCUUGCCUAAUUCUAUUUCAUUCUAUAAUAAGUAAUCAUAACUC